GAUUAUGCUACUACCAAACUUAUUUGAAACCUAUAUAGAUAGAUAUAUAGCUCCCUAUAUAUGCCAUGCCCCACUCACCCAACCAACAAAGUAAACUCCAUCUCUUUGAGUACUUGUAGCUGACAAGAGUGGAAGAAUAGAAUUAGGAAAAAGAAAUUUCCUGAAAUAUUUCACACCCAUCCAUUUCCUUUGUCCAUUUUCCCCAUCUUUCAUUAGCUGGUCCAAAUUAAACUCAUGAUGGAAAUGGAGUUUAAAAGAAGUACUGGAGUGCAGAUUCCAGUAUUUGGAGAAUGGGACAAGGCAAAUGAGCUGCCAAUCACCCAGUAUUUUGAGUCUGCCAGACAAGCCGGAUUGGUUCGCCAUUCAGUUGAAGAUGAUCUUUAUGUUGUUCAUUACCAGAAACCUCACUUCUAUGCCAUCCCUAAUCCUCCUCACACAAAGACAAAGGGAGAUAUUAAUAAGAAGAAGAGGUGUCCAGAGCAGAAAUGGACAGGUAAAGUAGAGAAAGCAAGGAAUGAAAGUGGGCCUCAAAGGCAGUACACAACAAUGAAGUCGGCCCAACGGCCCACAAAUGCUAAACCUGUGGAUGAAGAUCUUUACAAAAUUCCUCCUCAUCUCCUUCCUGGCUAUAAGAAACACAAAGUUUACAAAGAUUUGAUAGCGGGAUCAGACAUGGAUAAUCAUGUUUUUGGAAAUGCUAGUUAAAGAUCUAGAACCAAUAAAAAAGAGAAUGUUUGGAUUCUUCUCAAGAUGCCUUGCUCCACCUUGCAAGGCAUAGCUACAAUUGGCCAAGGCUAUGGAGAUUUUGAUAAAAACAGCAACAACAUAACAACUUCAAUCUUAGGCGCAGAGAUUGAGAAAAUGGCUAUAAUAGAGUUUGUCUUAUUCGUAUUAAGAGCUAAUCUAGGAGGAAUGUUUCUAUGUUGUGCACCAGUCUUUGUAUUUCAUGCUCUUUUUUACUUUUUAGUUUUUUUCAGUGUAAGCUUUGACUCCAAAUAUGCAGCAAAGCAUAGAGCUAAUGAAAUCUUUAUUAGCAAUAGGUAUAUGAAUGAUUUCUACAUCAAAUGAUAUUACUGCUUGUUUUAA